UGCUGCAGCGGGUUUUGUGGUUGUAUGCGACCGUCUCCCGAGUGUCCACUAUUUAUUUGUGUUUAAAGAACGCAAACAUCUCUCUCAGUGUGGCUGUCGCUUUUCAUUUUGGCCACAAAAGUGCAUAAAAACGGAUGACAUUGACCGUGAACGCGAACAGAUUUCUAUUGUAUCUCACUGGAAUUGCACAUGCAAGCGUCGCGCAUGUCGGUUAAGCUUUCGAUUUUUAAUUUUUUCUUGAACUCGACUCAGACACGUGUAGCGCAACGCCUUCAAGCUGAACGCCAACGCCGGAAAACCGCCAUUGCCGCAGCGUCCUGUGCAGCAAGACCAAGAGCUGAGCAACUUUGGCCCUAAGACACGGGAAUCGCGUCUGUCCAGUGCGGCGCUCAGUCGCCAGCGGUUGAAAAUGUCGUUGAAACAGGGCGGUCCACCGCCGGCACUGUCGAGUGGUGCUGCUGUAAUGACCACAUCGUUAAGUGCCACCAGUUUGGAUCAGCAGAAAAUUCCGACGGUUGUGACGGUCUACGAUAGCGAGAAGAAAAAUGGCAACAGGAACAAUGCGAGCAUAAGCCAGCCCAAAUUCAUACGGUCCGACAUGGCCGAUGUGCCGGUCCAGCAGGCGGCAGGCUCCACCCUCCCUUUGGUCCUGGCGCGCAAAAAAGGUGGCGAUGAUGGCGAGGAUGGCAACUACAAUCCUUUCGAGCAUCGUAAGGUCGAGCAUCCAACAUCUGAUUUGGAGACCUUCAUGCAUCUGCUAAAGGGAUCACUCGGCUCGGGCAUUCUGGCCAUGCCCAUGGCCUUCGCCAAUGCCGGCCUGUGGUUCGGUCUGGUAGGCACGCUAGCCGUGGGCGCCCUGUGUACCUACUGCGUCCACAUACUUGUAAAAUGUGCGCACAUAUUGUGCAGGCGCCGAAAGAUACCUAUGAUGGGAUUUGCAGAUGUGGCUGAGCAGGCAUUUCUGGAUGGUCCACCCUCGUUAAAUAAAUGGUCCCGCUUCAUUCGCUUCAUGGUGAAUACUUUUCUGGUGAUCGAUCUGCUUGGCUGCUGUUGCAUCUAUCUGGUAUUUGUGGCGACCAAUUUGGAGCAGGUGGUUGGCGUCUAUAUGGAAACGGCAAUUAGUGUGCGCUUGUGGAUUGUGAUUGUUUCGGCACCUUUGGUCUUCAUGUGCCUGGUGCGCAACCUUAAGUUUCUGACGCCCUUCUCGAUGAUUGCCAAUGUUUUGAUGUUUGUGGGCAUUGUCAUAACGUUUGUCUACAUGUUUUCGGAUCUGCCAGCACCAAAUGAGCGAGCAGGUAUCGUUUCACCAGUGCAAUGGCCAUUGUUCUUUGGCACGGUCAUCUUUGCACUGGAGGGCAUCGGUGUAGUUAUGUCCCUGGAAAAUGACAUGAAGAAUCCCAAGCAUUUCAUUGGCUGUCCCUCGGUGCUGAAUCUGGGCAUGGGUCUGGUCAUAAGCCUUUACACUCUGGUCGGCUUCUUUGGCUUCCUGAAGUAUGGACCUGACACUGAGGCUAGCAUUACGCUGAAUCUGCCCCUGGAAGAUAAAUUGGCGCAAUCCGUAAAGCUUAUGAUUGCCAUUGCCAUAUUUUUCACUUUCACUCUACAGUUCUACGUACCCGUCAGCAUUCUGUGGAAGGGCAUUGAGAGCAAAAUUUCUGCGGGGCGUCAGAAUAUUUGCGAGUACGCCUUACGUGUCAGCUUGGUGAUUCUUUGCUGUGGCAUUGCUGUUGCGUUGCCCAAUCUGGGACCAUUCAUCUCGCUCAUAGGCGCAGUUUGCCUCAGCACGCUCGGCAUGAUUGUGCCGGCGACUAUCGAAUUGGCUGUAUAUAAUGAGGAUCCGGGCUAUGGGCGUUUCAAGUGGCGACUGUGGAAGAACUCGGGACUGAUUUUGUUUGGCAUUGUGGGCUUCGUAACUGGCACAUAUGUGAGCAUACGCGAAUUUCAGGCUGAAUUCAAUGGGGGCCAUGUGGGCGAUGAGCAUUGACCAGCUGCUGCCCAAGAUUUAUGCUAAUUUAAUUUAAAUUAGUUUUAAUACAACUCUUCUAAGCACAGGGAUAUCUAAGUUAAGUUUUUAACUAAUUUUAGGGCUAACCAAAGUUUUGUAAGAUUCUCCCUCCGCAAUAAUCUUCCACAUACCAUGUCCACACAAUAAUUUCAAACUAAAACCAGGAAUUAUGUGGUAGUAUCAUUUCCUUUUUUCUGGCCAAGAAACGGCAGUUUUGUUGUUGUAGUUACCUUCACCCAUACCCUGUACCCUUUAACUUAACCGUUAUCCAAGCAAAGUAUUUGAUUUAGUUGAUGCCGCAUUAUGAACCGUAAUUGUGGCAUAAAAAGCUAUUUAGAGAAAUCCUCUAAAAGUGAUUUGCGUAAACGUAGUGAUCUUUUGACAACAAAAUAUAUCGUAGUUAUAGUAGUUGUAAUUAGAUCCUAGCUGAACUAAAUUAGUUACACACCAAAAUAGACAAACAGGUAGCCAAGUAAAACACAGACAGACACACAUUUUGUUAUAUUUUUCGUUUAUUAAAAUAUCAUUGAUUUUCCCUAUUUUUAUGCCCUAUUAUUAUUAUUAUUAUUCAUGAUUUAUUUAAUACAUAUAAAUACUACCUAUCCAAAAAGAUACCAUUGCACAAUUCGCAAAUAAAUUUUUGAUUAAAAGAAAAUUAUUAAAACAAAAACAUUUCUGCUGUAUAUUUAUAAAAAUUGAAAGAUAUACAGUACAAAAAAAUACAUAAGAUAAAUGCAAUUUU